CCGGAAAAGGGAAGCGUCAGGAUCCUCCCUCAUUAAUUAUCAUUAUUGCUGAACUGCCGAACAGCAAACUGAUAUCUGAUACACUCGCUCCCCAAAAUCACCCUUAUAGAUCACAACGUCAAUACUAAUUAAUAAUCCAUUUCAAAUUUAUAUAUCAUAUCGCCACUCUUUUUCUCUGUAACCGACUAUAAAUACCGCACUAAGCCAUGCUGCCCGAUGAAUCGCGGACCAUUGUUCAGAUUGUACAACCACAGACGACCCUUGCCGGCCAGGCUACUCCGUUCAAGGCCAGUCUACAACUUCUCCGCCACCUUUAACAUGUUGCCGGAAUCCGCCAUUCCUCGCGCCGUGCUCGUCUUUGCUGUUUUGUGUAUUUCUUGUUUGCUUCUUUAUCGAGCCGCCGAUUCUCUUCGUUUCCUCUCAUUUCCCUCCGGUUCCUCUGUUUCUUUCCCGCACAUUUUCCCUUCUCUAGUUUUUGAUAACGAUUCUGUUCCUGUAAGAAAUGAGCAAAAGCUUGAGAAUGUAUUGGAAGAUGCAGCCAUGGAAGAUAAAACUGUUAUUUUGACUACUUUAAACGAAGCAUGGGCAGCCCCAAAUUCAAUUGUUGAUCUCUUCUUGGCGAGCUUUAGAAUAGGGGUGCAUACUCGUAGGCUAUUGAACCACUUAGUGAUUAUUGCAUUGGAUCAGAAGGCAUAUACACGCUGUAUGGAAUUGCAUAUUCAUUGCUUUGCUCUUGUUACGGAGGGGAUUGAUUUUCGCAAGGAAGCUUACUUUAUGACUCCUGCAUAUGUGAAGAUGAUGUGGAGAAGAAUUGACUUCUUACGAUCUGUUCUUGAGCUGGGUUAUAAUUUUGUUUUUACGGAUGCUGAUGUCAUGUGGUUCAGGGAUCCGUUUCCUCGGUUUUAUUCAGAUGCAGAUUUCCAGAUUGCGUGUGAUCAUUUCACAGGGAGUUCUGUUAAUAUCGAGAACAAACCCAAUGGUGGGUUUAACUUUGUGAGAUCCAAUAACCGGUCAAUAGAAUUUUACAAGUUCUGGUACUCUUCUCGGGAGACUUAUCCUGGUUAUCAUGAUCAGGAUGUACUUAAUUUUAUCAAGUUUGAUUCAUUUGUUGAGGAUCUUGGAUUAAAGAUGAGAUUCCUUGACACUGCUUACUUUGGUGGACUGUGUGAACCAAGCAAAGAUUUAAGUUUAGUUUGUACAAUGCAUGCGAAUUGCUGUUUUGGUUUGGAUAGCAAGCUUCAUGAUCUUAGAGUUAUGCUUCAAGAUUGGAUGCAUUUUUUGUCUUUGCCACCGAGCAUGAAGAGAUCAUUGAUUGUGUCGUGGAGGGUCCCACAGAACUGCAGUCUUGAUUCCCUUCGGCGUUAUGAUUCUCCUAAGAAUAGUAGUGUUCACCAAGGACUGCAAAAAUGAGUGAAAUUGAUAUGAAGUGGAGGAACUUUUGAUCCUUGAGCAAAGUGAGAAGAUUUUUACAUUGAAGUUGAACUUCAUGAAGGAGAUCCAAAUAUAUUGUCUAAUUCAGGUAUCAACAGAAUGGUGAAAGACAGGAUUUUGAAGCAAAACUUUCCUCUAACUUUUUACUCUGAAACAAGCCAAUCUAAUUGGUAAGCCCAUACAUGUAAAAAAUAUUUGCGUUAAUCAUUGUGGAAUAUAUUGGUAGAGUUUUGUUAAUUACAAAGAAUUCAUGUGGCUAUAGUAUUCCUUCAUUCUUAUCAA